GUUUCCUUCUCUCGUCGGUAAAUAUUUGUCUCUCCGUCAGAAGCGAGCUGCCGUUUGAGUCCUCCGGUCUGGACCCGUUUAAACCGGCUCUGACCGCGAUCCGGCACCAACACCUGUCGCCGCUCACCUGUCGUCGCCAUGUAACAGCAGGUAACAGCAGCAGAGCGCGAGGCGGAAACCUGAGAAACUGCGGUGGAGACGGAAUAAAGAAAAGGGACAAGAGGAGACCUGAAGCAACAUGGAUUUAUUGGAUUCAGGACAGAAGUUCAGUCCGAGACAGGAUGACUGGGACACCACCCUUCACUUCCUGCCGGCCACAGACUCCAAGCAGCUGGAGAAGAAACCCGGCCGCAGGAAGAAGCUGUGGAUCGGCGUCGGCCUGCUGCUCGCGGCUGCUGCUGUGGCUCUGCUGACCGGACUGCUGGUGUGGCACUUCCACCUACGCAGUGAUGUCAGAGUUAAGAAGGUCUACAUCGGCUCGAUGAAGAUCGAUAACCAACGCUUCCUGCCGUCGUAUGAAGAUCCCAGAACCCCUGAGUUUACUAACCUGGCCUCUCUGGUCAGCCAGCAGCUGAAACUGAUUUACUCUAAAAACUCUGUGCUGGCUAAAUCUUUCCAAGGCUCCACAGUCGAGGCCUUCAGUGAGGGGGACGGCGAAAGCGACAGCGUUGUAGCGUAUUACGAGUCGGAGUUUGACGUCCACGUCUCCCAGCAGGCGUCGCUGGACGACGCCAUCGAGUCUCUGAUGCCGUCGACAGGAGGUCAGCAGGGACGACAAGGACGACUGCUGCUGAAACCCACCGACGCUCUGAGCGUCAACACCGUCAUCUCACGAGCUAUUGACCCACGCAUGACGAGGACCUCUUUGUUUGUGAGAAAGUCGUUCAACAUUCACGUCAGUAAAGCGGGCAUCGUCCAGUCUCCGGGGUUUCCGGACUCCUCGUACCCGCCCAACAUCUUCCUUCAGUGGAGGCUGAGGGCCGACCCCGGCCACCGAGUCCGGCUGGACUUCUACACCCUGAUCCUGGAGGAUGACUGUCAGCGGGACUUCAUCAAAGUCUACGACUCCCUGGCUCCAAUAGAGCACCAAGUCCUGACAGAACAGUGCGGAUACCCUCACGACUCUCUGUCCUUCCUGUCCUCUGGGAACGUCAUGUUGCUGACUCUGGUCACCAGCGAGGAGAAGAACUUCCCCGGCUUCAGAGCCAACUACUCCCAGAUCCCUCUGAGCGAGCAAAAGUGUGGAGCUACACUGACCGCAGACAAAGGCUCCUUCUCCUCACCUUUCUACCCCGCCAACUACCCCCCACAAACCUCCUGUGUCUGGAGGAUCGAGGCCCCAAAGGAAAAGUUUGUGAAGAUUCAGUUCAACAAGUUCCUCCUGGGGAAUUACAGUGACCAGUGUCCCAAUGAUUAUGUUGACGUCAACGGUCAAAGACUGUGUGGCAAUAAGCCAAAAAGCACUGUGGUCACCAGCCGAAGCAACAUAAUGACCAUCAAAUUUAACUCCGACUCCUCCUACGUGGACCAGGGUUUCACUGCGGAGUACGAAGCCUUUGUCCCAACUAACCCUUGUCCCGGAAGGUUCCAGUGCACCAACAACCUGUGCAUCAACAGGACUCUGCAGUGUGACGGCUGGAACGACUGUGGAGACGGCAGCGACGAGGACAACUGCACCUGCGAUGCGUCUCAGAUGAAGUGUAAAAAUGGCCGCUGUAAGCCGAAGUUCUGGGAAUGCGAUGGGUUUGACGACUGUGGAGACGACACCGAUGAGCAAAACUGUGUAAAAUGCAGAGCAGGAGAGUUUUCCUGCAGAAACAGACGCUGCAUCCCAGAGAAGCUGAAGUGCAACGGAGAGGACGACUGCUCAGAUGGAUCCGACGAGUCCAAAUGUGAAAAAGCUCUGGUGUUGCAGCAGUGUUCAGAGUUCACCUUCCGCUGCAGGAACGGACGCUGCAUCAGUAAACUGAACCCAGAGUGUGACGGACAGCAGGACUGCGAGGACGCGUCUGACGAGGACGACUGCCAGUGUGGGACGAGGCCGUACCGCAGCUCUCGUAUCGUGGGCGGUCAGGUGUCUCGGGAGGGGGAGUGGCCCUGGCAGGUCAGCCUCCACAUCAGGGGAACAGGUCACGUGUGCGGAGCGUCGGUGCUGAGUAACCGCUGGCUGCUAACCGCCGCUCACUGCGUUCAGGACAACGGACCCAACAAGUACUCUCAGGCGGACCAAUGGGAGGCCUUGCUGGGCCUGCACGUGCAGAGCCAGACCAAUGAGUGGACGGUGAGGAGGAACGUGAGGCGGAUCGUCGCUCACCCCGACUACAACCCCCUCACCUAUGACAACGACAUCGCCCUGAUGGAGCUGGACGCCAACGUCACCCUCAACCAGAACAUCUGGCCCAUCUGUCUGCCCUCCCCCACGUACGACUUCCCAGCAGGCCUUGAGGCGUGGAUCACCGGCUGGGGAGCCACCAGAGAAGGAGGCCUCGCUGCGACCAUCCUGCAGAAGGCGGAGGUUCGGAUCAUCAACAGCACGGUGUGUAAGAGUCUGAUGGACGACGAGGUCACUGACGGGAUGCUGUGCGCCGGCGUCCUCAGAGGAGGCGUGGACGCCUGUCAGGGCGACUCCGGCGGCCCGCUGUCCGUCACCGGCCCUGGUGGGCGGGUCUUCCUGGCGGGUGUGGUGAGCUGGGGCGACGGCUGCGCUCGCAGGAACAAACCCGGCGUCUACACUCGAGUCACCCGAUUCCGCCGCUGGAUAAAGGAGAGCAGCGGCGUGUAGCGGCGGACAGACUCAGGAGGUGAACGUUUGCUGCGACCGUUUUUUAUUUUCAGACCAAAAUAUAAUCGUUAAUAUUCACAGCAGAAACUGUGAAUUCUUCUUCAGUUCUGAAGCUUUUUAAGCAAACUGUCAAUCAAAGAGCAACGCAGCAGAAGCUCAGAGCAGCUGGAUUCGUUUUGGCCAAUCACAACUCGAUUUCCUUCUUUUUAUAGAACAGAUCAGAAGAUCAGACCUGUGAUGGUGUCAAAUCAUAACAUCCACGCUCAUAUCAGCCAUUAACAUUUAAAACAGAACAAUUUCUCAAAUAAAAAGAAUGAAGCUGUGAUCUUUAGGUUUAAAAAUGCUGAACAGCCUCAGCAGCGACACCCAACAGCUGCGGAAUACACACAAAUACACACAAAUACACACAAAUACCCAGAGUAUCACUGCCACGCAGUGUGACGUCUGUCACACAAACACUUGAUAUGUUUCCUCUUGAAUGUAACGAAGUACAUUUACCCAAGUACUGUACUGUACUUCACUUGUACUUUUAUGGAACUUUAUACUUGUACUCACCAACAUCUCAGAGGUAAAUAUUGUAGUUUUUCCUCCCCUUCCUAUCCAGUACUUCAAAUGAGCUCAAAUAUUCAUCCACAAGUAUCAGAUAUGAUAGAAAAACACUGACCAGGAACAUUUUACUGCAACAUGAGUACUUUUACUUCUCCUACUUUCUUACAUUUUGCUUACUUUUACAUGAGUGUGUUUUUGAAUUCAGGACUUUUACUUCCUGGAGAACUCUUUUGCAAAUAAAGAUGAUAAAAAAAAUCUCAGGGCUGAAAGGAAACUACUUGAAUAUCACGUGAGUAAUUUCACUCAGUGAGUAAUCAGUCACCGACAGAACGGGCGGAGUAACAGACGGCUGCAGCUCGCCGUCUGCACUCGCUCCGCCCUCUGCGGCAGAGCAGGUGUGAACGACAGGUGAAGUUAAAACAAACGCUUCGUGUCAGUCGCACCUGCUUUAGCUCCGUGCUAACGUGCUAGCCGGCUAACGCGCUUCUUCAGACACAUCUAAAGGUUUCAUCCGUUGUCUGAUGGGAAAUGAAGGCUGUCACCAUGAUUAACACUCACAUGAGCGAAGUGAAAGCAUGAUUGGCUGGCGUGCUGCCAUGGCAACAGAUAGCACUUUUUACUGUAGCAGCCAGAAAAUACAACAGUUCAGUAGUUUGAGUGAUCAGUAAUAUUACAUGCAGUAUAUAUUUCAGCCAUAAUUCGUUAAACGGGAUCAGAUUUAACUGAAAUAUGUAAAACUUCAAAUUAAAUCUAUUUAUUUCACUGUGAAAAGAGUUGUAGUUGUAGAUUUGGAUGAUGUUC